UUAUUUAUUUAUUUAAUCUCUCUCACCCAAGAUUGUAGCUCAUGUGAAAUCAGGGUCUGUCCGAAAGCAGGAUUCACUGUUCUGGUGCGGAGGGGAACAUGAAGAUCUAAAGCACCAGAGGAAUCAGGUUUCUUUGGUGGCACAAGGCUUUUGGAGCUGAAGAACGCACGGACCAAUGUGCCAAAUGGGUCUCUUGCAUCCUUUACUGGCUCUUAUCCUACUUAACACUCAGGAGGCAGCUGCUUACGGCUUCAGGAACUGCAUCCAGGCUAUGGGAGAUCCAGGGUAUUUCAAGUGCAUGCAGCGUUUCCUGAAGGAUAUCUCCAGUGUCGUGGACGACCUUCCCAGCAAUGUUACAGUGCUCAAUGCAUCCCAUAAUUUCAUUCGAUCCUUGCCUUAUGGGAGCUUCCACCACCUCCCAGAGCUGAAGGUCCUGCAACUAAGCUUCAACAAAAUGGAAGUGAUAGAAAAUGGGGCCUUUGAGAACCUUACAGUCUUGAAGAUGCUCAACCUCUCCUGCAACAAUCUGACGAGUCUGUCCAAAUAUGUCUUCCGGGGCAUGCCUAACCUCACCUUCCUCAUUUUGCACAAUAACCAACUACGCAAAAUCCAGCAAGAUACAUUUAGUCCAUUACCAAACCUCCAGGAACUGCAGCUCCAUUUCAACAUCUUGGAGGGCUUUGCAGAAGUAGUUCUGAGCUUGGAAAGGCUGAGGCAGCUGAGGAAGCUGAAUCUGUGCAACAAUAAUCUGACCUCCCUGGAGUCUGAAGCAAGGCUUCCUGCUUCCUUGUCCACUUUCCUGCUUUGCAACAAUUCACUGAGUAGGGUGGAUGUUAAGGGGCCAGAGUUCCUGAGGAAUGUAAAAUUGCUGGACCUUUCUUACAACAAGAUCUCAAAUGCAUCUUCCUUUGCUACAGUCAGCCUCCAGAACAUCAGCAGCCUGAAGCUUAUGGGGAACAGCAUAGAUGUUUUCCAGCUCUUGAAUGUUUCUGACCUGCAGCCUCGCAGCCUGGACUACUCUGGGUUGCAUUUAAAUGAAUUCUGGCAGCUGACCAAGGUGUGUGAGCAUCUUAGGGAAUCCAACCUCUCCUUGUCACUACAUCUUCAGAGCAACAAGCUCAGGAGACUGAGGAGCAACACCUUCGGGGCAUGUCCUCCCAUCCUGCUGCUUGACUUUUCCAGGAACCGUCUUAGGUCAGUGGGAUGUGUAAAGGAGAUGUUGAAUGUGACAACACAAAAUCAGCUGAGGACAUUGAUUGUGGAGCACAACUUGUUGAGUAAAUUGCCAUGCUGCUCUAAUGAUGCUUCCUUAACACUUCUUGAACUGACAACCAUCUCUUUCCGUUUCAAUCGCAUCCUCUCCAUCAGUCCCAUGGCAUUCCAUUAUGCCCCUAAUCUGAAGACACUCCACCUCAACAUCAACAGCAUUGCCUUUCUGGACAAAUAUGCCUUGAAAGGGUUGAAACAACUCAAGGAGUUGCGCUUGGACAACAACCUUCUCACUGAUAUCUACAGCACCAACUUUGAUGACUUGAAAAGCCUCCAGACACUUAAUCUCCGGAACAAUCAUAUAUCUGUCCUCUUCCCCAAAAUCUUCAAGAACUUAGGGAACCUUUAUAUUUUAGACCUGGGGGGAAACAACAUCCGCAGGUUGACCAACACAUCGUUUGAGGGACUGAAGAAUCUCUCUAAUCUCUAUCUGGAUGGCAAUCGUAUUGAAUACAUUAGAAACAGUUUUUUCUAUGCCGUGCAGAGCACUCUCCAAGUUCUGGACCUGAGUAGCAAUAAGAUCAACUACAUCAGCAUGAAGCAACACAGCCAGCCUCCCUUCUUGUACCUGAACAAGGUCUACGACCUCAAGCUCCAAGCUCAGCAACCUUAUGGCUUGAAAAUCAUCCCUCCAAAGUUCUUUCAAGGCCUGACAUCCUUGCGCAAUCUCUGCCUGUCAGAAAACAAGAUUCUCUCUAUUGCAGCGGAUGUCUUUGAUGACCUAGGACAGCUGAAAUAUCUAACCCUGGCUGACAGCAGUAACGGUAUGGGGAACUUUCCACCAGGCAUAUUCAAGAAUCUAAGACACCUGACUAGUCUUGACCUGGAGAAUGCUGGCCUCCGCACAUUGACCCUGGAGGUCUUUGGCAACCUCAGCAGACUGCGCAACCUGCAGCUAGGGAAGAAUGAGCUGCAGACAAUCAAUAGCAGUGUGAUGGAAAAGCUGACCUCGCUAAGAUACCUUGACCUACGCAAGUGCCCCUUCACUUGCACCUGCGAUAACAUUUGGUUCCAGAAGUGGCUGAACAACAGCCAAGUGCAGGUGGUUUACUUGUACAACUACUCUUGCAAUUCUGGGCAGCAUUCUAGUUAUGUUUAUAGCUUUGAUACCCAUGUCUGUUUCCAAGAUGUGGGGCUGUACCUCUUUUCCUUCACUUUCCCUGCAUUGUUGCUCCACAUGCUUCUUCCUAUCCUCUACCACCGUACCUACUGGCUCCUGAAAUAUCACAUCUACAUCCUGCGAGCUUGGGUCAAUGAUCAUUGGAGACACGGCAAGGACAGCCAUUAUAAAUUUGAUGCCUUUGUCUCCUACAACUCCACUGAUGAGAGCUGGGUGCUGGAGCACUUGGUGCCCAGCCUAGAGAAUGGAGGGGGUCCCAUCUUCCAUCUUUGUCUCCACCAUCGGGACUUUCGGCCUGGGAAAUACAUCAUAGACAAUAUAGUAGAUAGCAUCCACAGCAGUCGGCAUACCAUCUGCGUUAUUAGCCGGAGUUACCUGCAGAGCGAGUGGUGCUCCAUGGAGAUCCAGCUUGCCAGCUAUCGGCUAUUUGAUGAGCUGAAGGACGUUCUUAUCCCUAUUUUCUUGGAAGACAUCACAGAGCGGGAACUCUCCACCUACUACCGGAUGCGGAAAGUGAUGUUAAAGAAGACAUAUAUUACUUGGCCCUCGGACCCUGAAGCUCAGAAGUUGUUCUGGGCUAAACUGAGGAUGGCUCUGAAGGGUGGCCACUCUGAGGGAGAGGUAGAAAGGAUGUAUUGGUUCGAUAAAGAAGGCAAACCAGUUGUGGAAUCAACCUUCAAGGAGUAGGAAGGCGAUUGGCCCGUGACACUAGUUUACCAGAGCUGGCUCAAAAUUGAGUGAAAGAGCUUCUGCUUUUAUUUUUUUUCUUUACUAGCAAAACACCCAUCCCUAUGUAGAGAUGGGGGAGAAAUUCAAUUCAGUCAUUAUUUAAAGGCAAACCUACGUAAUUUGUGCUUUCUGAAAUAAUACAUGAACCAAAACACAACCAUCCUUCAAAAUUCACACCUCUGAAUGUUGCAAUGCGUUCUGCAGCUAAGUUAUGUGUACAAAAAUGUGUAUAAAGUGGGGUAAAAUGUGCAUGAAAAUGCACAUAUUAGUGAAAAU